AUGGGUGCGGAUGGUAUAUCCCAAACGGAAGUGAGGUGUCUCUUGGUUUCAGGACUUCCGGCGAAGUGUGGGGGGGAGGAACGGCUGGUGUUGGUGGUGGGUGCAGCAGCCCGAGGGGCUCUCGGAUCUUGUGAAGCUUAAAACCCAACUUGUGGGAGGACAUAAGUUAAAGGAGAAGCAAGCAUUAAAAAUGGGUGCGGUGGGAGAAAGUAUGAAUGCUGGAGUUGUCCUAUCUGCCCGCAAGAUUGAAAUGUAUCCCAAGCACUUUAUAUAGUCGUUGGGCUGGGGAGAUGUUCCGAUCAGCAAUCAUGAUGGCUGCCAGCCUGGCUCUGACAUCAGCAGUAGUGGCUCAUGCCUAUUACUUGAAGCAUCAGUUCUACCCAACAGUGGUAUACCUGACCAAAUCCAGCCCCAGCAUGGCAGUUCUCUACAUUCAGGCUUUCGUUUUGGUUUUCCUCCUGGGCAAAUUCAUGGGCAAAGUGUUUUUUGGCCAGCUCCGAGCAGCAGAAAUGGAGCACCUACUUGAGAGAUCAUGGUAUGCAGUCACGGAAACUUGUUUGGCCUUCACUGUCUUCAGAGAUGACUUCAGUCCCCGUUUUGUGGCCCUUUUCACCCUCCUUCUCUUCCUCAAGUGCUUCCACUGGCUCGCUGAGGAUCGGGUGGACUUUAUGGAGAGGAGUCCAAACAUCUCCUGGCUCUUUCAUUUCCGCAUUGCCUCUCUGAUGCUCUUGUUGGGCGUCCUGGAUUUCCUAUUUGUCAGCCAUGCCUAUCACAGCAUCCUCACCCGGGGAGCCUCUGUCCAGCUGGUCUUUGGGUUUGAGUAUGCCAUCCUCAUGACUAUGGUGCUCACCAUCUUCAUAAAGUACAUUCUACAUUCAGUCGACCUGCAGAGUGAGAAUCCAUGGGACAACAAAGCUGUCUACAUGCUGUACACUGAGCUCUUCACAGGCUUCAUUAAAGUGCUGCUGUACAUGGCGUUCAUGACCAUCAUGAUCAAAGUACACACGUUCCCUCUGUUUGCCAUCAGACCCAUGUAUCUGGCCAUGAGGCAGUUCAAGAGAGCUGUGACUGAUGCCAUCAUGUCACGCCGUGCCAUUCGCAAUAUGAACACUCUAUACCCCGAUGCCACUCCAGAAGAGCUUCAGGCCAUGGAUAAUGUGUGUAUUAUCUGUCGGGAAGAGAUGGUGACAGGUGCUAAACGCCUGCCGUGCAACCACAUAUUCCACACCAGCUGCCUGCGUUCGUGGUUCCAGCGGCAACAAACCUGCCCCACUUGCCGCAUGGAUGUCCUCCGUGCUUCCCUUCCCGCUCAGUCCCAGACGCCGCCCGAGCAGCAAGAGCAGGCACAGCAGCAGCCCCAACCACACCAAACUCCCCUGAUUCCCCAGCCACCUAACUUCCCCCAAGGAAUCCUGCCCCCAUUUCCUCCUGGGAUGUUUCCUCUCUGGCCUCCCAUAGGCCCAUUUCCUCCAGUGCCUGGUGUCCAGCCACCCAACAAUGCUGAGAAUCCUUCUGCUGCUUCCAGUGCACCUUCCACUUCGGGCAGUCAGACAACAGCAAAUACCUCGAGACCUGGUGGUGAUUCAGCCUCUGGAGCGGAUACGGCCCCUGUAGGAACAGUGCCUGGCUUUCCCUUCCCUCCCCCAUGGAUGGGAAUGCCAUUGCCACCUUUAUUUGGUUUCCCUCCUAUGCCUGUGCCACCUGCUGGAUUUGCUGGGUUGACAGAUGAAGAGCUGCGUGCCAUGGAAGGCCAUGAGCGGCAGCACCUUGAAGCCAGGCUCCAGUGUCUGCAGAACAUUCACACACUCCUAGAUGCAGCCAUGUUGCAGAUAAACCAGUAUCUCACCAUUUUGGCGACUAUUGGAUCACCCCGUCCUACACAGCUGCCAACUACCCUAAACACUUCGACCUCCUCUCAAGAGACACCCACCAGUGAAUCCACCACUUUCAAUUCACCCAGCAGUACCUCUUCCCCGGGGACAUCUGCAACAAUGGAACCAGACUCGACAGGUCAAACAGAUCUAUCUGGAUUGGUGGGUGCAGAGGGAUACACAGCGCCAGCUGGACAUGAGGAAGAAGAGGAGCAGCAGCCUUUACCAGAGGAGCCUGACACAGCAGAGCUUCGCAGGCGCCGGCUUCAGAAACUGGAAUCUUCUUCUCCCCCUUCCCAUUGACACCCCUCCCACCCCUCUUUCCUAGGUACCUUGUCUUGCCUGGGUUACUGUUUGACACUGACUCUUCCUUUUGAAAAGCAGCGUGUGUGGUGGUGGUUGGGGAUGCAACAAGAGAACAGAGUGAUGGCAGUCUCGUUUAGGACACUGUAAACUGCAUCAAGUGCUGACUUGACAUGAGAGUGCUAAGGCCGCUAUGCUGGGGCUUAGAAUUGACUCUUUAAUCUGCCAUGGUUUCUCAUUUAAAAACAAAAAAAACCCACCACCUAGUCUGCAACUGUCCUCUCUCUGGGCAGAUUCAGUCAUACCCACCUGUGCACUAUCUGUUCUAAUCCCAGAGCCUACUCAGCAGCAUUCCCUGGAAAGCAGGGUCCUACAAAAUAUGAUGCACAGGGCUGAGGUGAUCAGACUCCCAGGGACUUCUGUGGUGUAUCACUUCACAACAGUGGGCAUAUCUGUUGUUUAGGAAGUUGGCCUUCCUCGUCCCAUCUACCUAACAGGAGUUGAAUGGCGACUUCUCAAAGUAGUUUUCUCCUGCUUUAAUCCAGUUCUUUCUACCUCUGACAUUCAUGUGACUGCUGGACUCCAUCCUCAAGCAGUGUCUUCUGGGCUCACCUUAACAAUGUUAAUGUCUAACUGGGGUAAGUCCAAAAGAAACAUGCUCCCAUCAGGAAAGGGGAAAGGAGGUGUAUUUCCUUAAACUACCCAUGGGAGGACACCUGUUAGUGAACAUAGUCUCGGCUUUUAUACAUAGGAACAAUGUAUGUAGGCGACUCAGCUCAAGGUGAGGAGUUUGUGAACCACGUUCAUCCUCUGACAAUACUCAGCCAGAACUUGGAAGCCUAAGGACUGCAGGAUCCAGACCCUAGGUAUUGCUGGUAGACAUUACUAGUUUGGAUAAGUUUGUGUUGGGGUAAAGUUACAAGUUCAACCAUUGCUUCUGCUUUACAUAUUUUUUUUGAAUUUAUUUUUGUUGAGUGGGGAGCACUGAAUGGCGCAGGCUUGAGGCCUAUGGGAUGCUGUGAGAUAGUUGUUAGAUUAUUUUACAGUUGAUUUUAACUUUUUCAUCUCUAGUGUGGGUAGAAAUCAACAUUCAGAAUCAUCUGAGGAGGCCAAUAGGAGUUCUUGCAAUUUAGAAUAUAUCUUAGUGCAAGUGGCUUCAGUAUUGAUCACAAACUGUGAUGCUCAAAGAGUUUUAUCCAAAUGGCACUGGGAUGAUUGUAACCAUGCAAUUGAAACUCCCCCUAGGUUACACUGCUUAGAUACUCAUCCCAGAAAGAACAUUAUCUGCUGAAUGUAGAAUGGAGUCUGCUAGACCUCUGAAACUAGAGUAUUGAUUUGCUUGAGUGUAGCAAUGAAUCUGUGCUGAUGGCAUAGAUAGCAAAGAACUUAGAAGAUAUAGUUAAUAUUCCUCCUUUCUCUGUGCCUCAUCACUAGAGAAGCACUUGUCAUGUUUCCAACACUGAAGGAUGGAGAAGCUGCAGUAACCACGGCUACUCAAUCACCCUCCUGGCCUUUGAUAUCUCUAAUGUUACAGCUUUCACACACUUUGCUCAUCAUAGUGACACUUUAAUUUCUAAGGAGCUGAGAGAUGAAAUGCCUCUUCACUGCCAGUCUUACUUGGAAGAGAAUGGGCCAGCCUCUUCCUUUGUGAUUCUACUUAAAUCCAUGCUUUUAUGCAAGAGAUGAAAGUGACUUAUUGACCAGGUUCAUAUUAUUCUAUCUGUAUACAGGCUAUGAUCCCAUAGCCAUUUUCUGUGAAUUGUUCCCAUGGAUCUUGUAUUUCUCCUGGCACCAUGGUCAGGUUCUUUAAGAGCUGCUUUCAAGAUACAAAACAGUCACCUCUGCUUUUUUUCCCCCCCAAUAGUAGUGCCCUAACAACUUCAGAAGGGCUUUUUAAGGGUUUACUGAGCUCAUGUUGAUUGACAGUAUUAGUGGUGGAACUCCUAAAGGAAAAUACCUUUGCUUUGGAAAAACAAGUAAAAAUGUCCCAUUAGCAGUGAGAUCCUGCUCAUCCAGUCUGUUUUACGACCCAGACUCCGUCUUAAAGGAUGUUAGGCUAAUUAGUAUAAAAACAUAUGCCUUUAUGGGUUUGUGACUUGUAACACCUUGACAUAUGUUAGAUUUUAGCAAUGUCUCCACAUUCCAUCCAGCCUAGUUCUCUCCCCAGAUACUUGCUUACACGCCAACACACCUUAAAAGACUUAACACCAAACUCUAAACUUUCUGGAUUGACAUAAGCAAACAGUUAGAGUUGUCAUUGGUUAUGGACAUUGAGUUUGUUCAGUCUGCUAGCAAGUAGUUGGAAGAGACAUUUUGGCUACCGUGGCCACUGUGAUAGGCUACUUCUGUCCCUUUUUGAGUGAGCCUAUAUAAUUUAAAAAAACAGGAACAGUAGUUUAAGACACAGAUGGGGACAUUCACAUCCUCAAAUAUUGUUUCAAAAAUGUAAUUUGAGAAGACUAAUCUGGCUUGAAUAAUUGUUUGACACAUCUCCUGUGUGUAAGUCAUGACAAGGAGAACACUUCUGUGACUUAGGAGCAUCAAUCCUGUUAACUUUCAGUGGGACUGGUGGUCCUAAAGUGAUUUGAAAAUCCCUCCAGUAUAGUUAUGUGAACUCACAUCCUAAUGCAUAUAUUAUACAGUAUACAAACCCCUGUAUCUAAAAGGAUAUCAGUUUAAUGGGGAAGUAAACCAUAGGCUGGAUUUAGAUAGGAGAGAGGUAAUGAUGGAUAAGGUAAGCAUUUUUGGUUUAGGGAAGAUGCUCUUCAACAAGCAGUAGAUGUUGUUACAGAACCAGCAUUGAAUGAGUCAUAAAAUUCCUCCCCUCCCCCAAGAAACCCCCAAAAUUGUGUGUGUGGUAACCCUAAACCUUUUGUUUGCUAUUCAGUCUUUUUUGAUUCAGCAAUUGGUAUAACCCUUCAGUGCUUCUCUUAAAGUGGCUUCUAAUCAUACCUAUCUCAGGGAAACAAUCCAGAGGCAGCACUUAAGGGUUGGAAAUUAGUUUAAUAUUUGAGUUCCUUCUGGAGAAGGGCAAAAGUAGUUAAAGAUUUAUAUUUUUAAAACGUAGUGUUUUUGAGGCAUAUCAGAAUUACAGUACUGGCUUGGACUGGAGUCCGAGUCACUGAAAACUAGAACUGAGCAUUAAGGAUAGGAAUGGGUGACUGUGACAAAGGAUGGUGAUAUCUUGCAGACAGCUAGAAUCCUGGUGCUCUGGUAGGGAGAGAAUGUCAAAAGGCAACCAGGCUGUGCAUCACUUUGAAACAAGACAAUGGGCUAAAUGUGCAUUUGGUGUAAUAACUAUGCAUUCUUUAUAUCCAAAUCUUAAGAAAGAAAAUCUUAGUUUUAAGGAAAACGUCCUCCCCUCCAAAAAUAGCUUCUGUAUAAUACAUACAGAAAUGCAGAGUCAUCUGUGAGUGUGGAUUGAAAACUUCCUUUUCUCUGGUCAUGGAACAUUGAGGUAAUGAGAGACUGCAUUUUUUUCUUAGAGGGCUGCAUACUUGGAACAUGUGCAUUUUCUUUGCUGAGCAGUCUCUCUUCAUUCUGUAAAGGGACAAUAAGAUCAGUCCUCUCAGAAUUUGACAUGUGUUCCUCAUAUAUCCUCUUUGAUUCCAAGCUUAAUAUAUGCUGAGGGUCUCCUCCUUUCUUUUCCUCCCAUGCUCCCAAAAUAACUUGUUUGGCUCCUUAUUAGAAAUAACAAUGGUAAUAUCAGGAACUCUGCAAUAACAAGCCAGCCUGCAUAAAUAACUUUAUUUCAGUAUUGGAUGUGCAGAAGAGGCAAAAGCUUGAUCUCAUUCUUCCAGGGGUUGUGAUUAGUUUUUUUUAAAAAAAUACUGUAUGCCAUAUGUCCGGUUGAAAAAUUAAAUUGAGUUUAAAAAUGGGAAUAGUUUAGGGAAGUGUCCAUAUUUUGUUUGCAAUUUCAAGAAAAUGACAAUUUAGGAGAGGAUGUGCUAAAGUGUGCCACACAUUCCAUGAUAUUUGAAUUAAGAGUUUAUUUGUAUACUAAAUGAAGAGAGAUACAAAUGAGAGAGAGCAUAAGGAAAUGUUCAUGGCCUGUGUUCAUCCGAAUGGCUUCCUUUUAACUUCUCUUUCAUUGUUUUUGUGUUGCAGAGAUGUAUGUUGGAGGUGAAGAGGGUUUGGAUAAUUAUUUAAUUUGUAAAUAUUGUGUACAUUUUUAAUAGCUUAAAUUGUAUAUACAGCAAAAUAAAACUUACUUUAAAAAUG